AUGGUUGCUAUCGGAAUAGACUUGGGCACAACGUAUUCGUGUGUGGCCGUUUGGAAGGAAGGCACCGUGGAAGUGAUUGCAAACGAGCAAGGAAACAGGACUACGCCAUCUUACGUCGCUUUUACACGGACAGAUCGCCUCGUCGGUGAAGCGGCGAAGAACCAAGCGCCUUUCAACCCCGGCAACACUGUUUUUGGCGCGAAACGUCUAAUCGGCCGCCGGUACGAUGACGUAGGCGUCCAAAUGGACUUACGCCAUUGGCCAUUUCAAGUGAUCAACGAGGACGGUAAGCCUAUGGUCCUAGUGGAGCAUAAAAAUGAUAAAAUGAAGUUUGCGCCAGAGGAAAUAAGCAGUAUGGUUAUUUCCAGGAUGAAGCAAGUGGCCGAGACGUAUUUGGGCUCGAAGGUUGACAGCGCGGUGAUCACAGUGCCUGCGUACUUCAACGACGCACAGAGGCAAGCUACGCGCGCAGCGGCUACCAUCGCUGGCUUAGACGUACUGCGCAUCACGAACGAACCUACCGCCGCCGCUUUGGCUUACGGACUAGACAGAAACCUCAAGGGAGAGAAGAACGUUCUGAUAUACGACCUCGGCGGUGGCACAUUCGACGUUUCAGUCUUAACCAUAGGCGAAGGGUCCGUUUAUGAAGUUAAAGCGACAGCUGGCAACACUCGUCUCGGUGGCGAGGACUUCGACAACAGAUUAAUGGUGUACUUCGCGGAAGACUUUAAAAACAAGUAUCACACUGAUGUGGCUCAUAAUGCUAAAGCGAUGAGGCGGUUGAGGAAUGCAUCGGAACACGCCAAAAGGUUUCUGACGUCCGCAACGGAAGCCACUGUCAUAGUGGAGUCGUUGUGCGACGGCAUAGAUUACCAGGGGCGUGUCACCAGGGCGUUAUUCGAGGAUCUGUGCUCAGACCUGUUCACAGACACUCUCAAGCAGGUAGAGCAAGCGUUGAGCGACGCAAGAAUGAACAAGAGCGAUAUCCACGACAUAAUUCUUAUCGGUGGUAGCACAAGAAUACCGAGAAUUCAAACUAUGUUGAUUGAAUACUUUGACGGGCAUCCGCUGACCACAGCGAUCAACCCAGACGAAGCGGUAGCGCUCGGCGCUGCCAUCCAAGCCGCAUUACUCAGCGGCGAACACCACGAUAAGAUAAAAGACCUACUUCUAGUUGACGUUGUGCCAUUGUCUCUAGGCGUAGAAACAGCAAGAGGAAUAAUGUACAAAGUGAUAGAAAGGAAUACGGCCAUACCAUGCACGAAUACUAAAGAUUUGACAACCCAAGAGGAUUACCAAAGGAGUAUGACGAUAGAAGUGUUCGAGGGCGAAAGGAGUUUGACCAAAGACAACAACCUACUUGGUGUUUUCGAUUUAAACGGUAUACCUCCAGCUCCCAGAGGGGUGGCCAAAGUUGACAUCACUUUUGACGUGGACGCAAAUGGUAUAUUGAACGUUACAGCUCAAGAUAGGAGCACAGGGCGUUCCCAAGGCAUUACUGUGAAGAACGAACACAGAUUGACCCAGCGGGAAAUAGGGAAGAUGAUUGCUGACGCUGCGAUCUUUCGUGAAGAAGAUACGGAAAGGAAACGGUGUUUAGAAGCAAGGAAUCAGUUGGAGAGUUACGUUUACAACGUUAAACAGACUGUGGUGGAAAAGGGGGAGGCAAUGGCGACUGAGGAAAGAGAUAUAAUGCUGGAUGAAUGCAAGAUUGCUAUAUCUUGGUUGGAAGACAACGAGGGUUGCUUAACGGAGGAGUACGAGAGGAAAAUGACGGAGCUCAUGAAGAAGUGGUCCUGCAUCAUGAAGAAGUUCUACGACUGCAGCUGGAGGCACAGAUGUAAGAAGCGGAAAGACCCCGAUGGAACGGUAAUGAAGGAACUCGGACAGCAUUCGAAGUUACUGUCCGACCUCGAUUUGGUAAAGAUCAACAGUGUAUACGGCACAAAAUGUUUCAAAAUGGGUAGAUCACGGCAAGUCUACAAAAAGAGAUUUGUAAAAGACAGACAAAGAGGUCAAUAAGAUAGAGACAGAUGAAGGUCAGAAAGUUUUAUUGUAAAAAGAAUGGAAAAUAAACGUGCUUGGAAGACUUUUUGAGACUGUCUUUCAUUUUUUAUCUUUUCGUGUUCAUUUUCAAAGUUCGCUUUUCAAUUUGUUUGAGGCUUAUUGAGGCACGUCUUUGCCUCCUGCACUCUUUAACAAUCAAGUGAGGUAAAGUUAAACUCAUUUUCCUGGCUCUAUAACAUAAACAAGUUUUAAAAACUGAGUAAAUAAGUUAUUUCAUUCUUAAUUUUGGAGUGGUACUUACUUAUAUCAUUAUUAAGACUGAGUAAGCAUAACGAGAAAUUCCUUUGCUUUAUUAUUUUUUAUGUCCUUGAAAAGGCAAGGGAAUAUCUCUAACUAGCAUUACGUAUACAUGGAUUCAUGAGCAUUAUUCUUGGGCAUCGUGACAUUGUGCUUUGGUAAACUUAUAUCGCUUUUUGUGAUGAUGUCGUAAACACAGAUGUUUUCUACGUAACUUCGCCGACGGAAGACGCACUUUUCCAUUGAUAUCAUGACGCUCACGGCCGGUCGAUCGACAGUGGUAAUAGACAUCCUCUCUAUUUUAUGCUCCUCCUUCCAAUGGAAGAACAUUUUUUUUAUGAUCGCCAGAACUAAAGCUAUCAUAAAUAUACUCAACCCGAACAGUAUCGUGUAUAACGCCAUAACUUAUGAAUUCUGUGUCUUCGAGGCGGUAAAACAUUUUGAUCAACUUUAAUUAAACCUCUACUCUACGUAUGCCUCUGCAAACUUUGAUAUUUUUCAUAUUUUGUUUAGAUAUGAAGGUAUAGCUGUUUUUGAGCAGAAUUUUGGGAUUCACAUUUUGUCAUGAAUUUUCUAUUUAAAUAAAGUAACUUAAGAUAUAUUUUAUAUCAAUUUUAUAUCCAAAACAUGCUGCUACAUACUGUUGACAAGUUGUCAUUCAUGUCAUGGAUUUGACGCAUGAACCUCUAUUAUUUAUAAUCAUUUUAAAUAAUGGCUAACUCCGGAAACGGCGAACAAUGUCAUAAUAUAAAGAAUACAUUUAUUGGCUGUAUGAAAAAUAAAUCUGUUAACAUGACACGAUCAAAUUAAAAAAGUGGAAGUUGAUUACGAUUUCCGGGCGCGAAAGUUAAUCAUCAUUUUUUCUUUCUUUUGUCUUUGUUGUGUUUAACGUGAAAAAGUUUUAUACAUUUCAAUGAUGCUAAAUUAAUUGAUUAUUAAUAUAAAUUAUUUAUCCGUAACUUGUGCAUUUUAAAAUCAUUUGGACUCUUUUUUCAAGAACGUAUUUGGAAUGAGUUUCGAAAGCUACGGUAAGUUUGUUAUUCAGUUUAAUUAAAAUUUAAAGCGUUUAUUGCUCAUCAUCAGUGCAGAACAGAUGGUAAUGUGUUUAAAAAGUAAAAACCAUAUUACCUUUAAAGAUUGCAUUUAAAGGUACCUAUAUAAUUAGAUAGAUACAUGUAUAUAUAUUUUUUAAAGCAUGUAACUGUUUGAUGUUUAAAUCUAAAGAAAA